GCGGGAUCUGCGAGCGUGCAGCUAUGAGAUUCGAUCGGGACAAUGUACGCAUCGGGCGGUGCCGUAAGGGAAUGUGGCUGCUGCCCUCCUCCCCCGCCUCCUCACCCCCGCCCACAGGCUUCAUGCCCAACACCGCAGCACAGACGACCAGCAGGAAGACGCUCGCGGUCAAGCACCUAGACGGGGAGCCCCUCACGCGUGCCGACCUCCAGCACGACCUCCUCAACUUCAUAUUUUCCAACAACCAGGCAGCCUUCACUGACCCGUACAGAACCAUCCAUGGCGACCCGCCCCGGACGCGUGUCAGCUUCCGCGACCUCUAUAUCAACUGCCUCCUCCACUCGCCCCGCUGCUCAAAGGCAUCUCGGGAGAAAAUAUUGGAGUCCCCCGACUUUGGCGACGAGUUCGCGAAGAUGUCGCUCCUUUCCAACGUCGGACGCAUAAAUACCACCAUGGCCUUCUUCCCAGAGAUGCGCACCGCACUGCGCACGUACCACCCCGUCCCCUCCCUUCAGAAGACGAAUGGCAAUCUGCAAGACGCCCCCCGGAUAAAGAACAUUCUCAAAUCGUGCUACCUUGAUACUGAGCCUCAGGGCUCCCUCCUGUCGCCGGCCGACGUACAGGCGCGCUCUCGGUCAGGUCAGGUCCCCCCGACGAGCGUUGUGAACCUCAUCUUCACGUUCUCCAUUCAUGCUGGCGCGAUUGCCAGGACGCACUUCGGGCCGAACGUAAACCUUGACUUUCUCGACUUCUUCACGCCCGUGGCAGUCUCUUCUGCCUCGCGCGCACGCGCGUUCCUUUGGCUCUGCUUCCACUAUCAUGAACAUGGGUCGCCCAACCCGUUCUCCGACGAACAUGCGAGCCCAAAUGCAGAUCGAAUCCCGGCUCUUGUCUUGCUGUCCGAGGAGGCGGCGGCGCUGGAGAACAUUGAUUCCCCAGAAGAACGCGCAUGGGGUGACAGCAUGACUGAGCAGCGCAGAAUAUUCAUGGCGAAGAAGGCGAAGGAGGAUGACGGAGAGUCUAUGGAUGAUGGCGUAGAACCUAAGGGCAGGGGCAGAGGUGCGCCGAGGGGUAGAUCUCGAGGCAAGCGGAGGCCGAGAAAUUUGCCAGAGUCGUCCAGUGCGGCGGGCACGAGCAGUAGAGAUAAGGACCGCGACCGGGAGGCAUCUCCGGCGGAGAGCUUCAUCUCAUUGCCGCCCAUGCUACCAGAACCGCCAGAAGGGCACCAUUAUUCGCCAGAGCCAUACCGACCGCAUCCACUGUCUCCAUGGACUGAACGACCGCCGCGACGACCAUCUCCCUCCUUACCGCCCCCACCCAUGAGUAACGCCACUCCGUUCAGCCAUGCUAGAGAACGAUUGCAUUCGCCUUCCCUCCCACCGCUACAGCAUCGGACAGAACGUCUUCCAUCCAUCCCUGAUUUAUUCUCGGAUGUCCGUGACCCACGGCACUUCGCGGACCCCUAUCCGCGGCGACAAUCAAGCCCUGGUCCGCCGCCGUCGAACGGCGGCAGGCCGACCCGGACGCGCGCGCACACCCACACGUAUCCUGAGCCGUUACCACCCCCGCACUUCGGCGACAACCCGUAUGUCUUCCAGCCGUACGUCCCGCCUCCCGCUCCUCCACCGUCUCGCCCGAUGUACACGUACGCUCCCCGCCACUCGCCUACAUAUGAGAGACCCCCGCAGCCGGCGCCCCGCCCACCGGAGAGCCAGCACUCUAUGCUUGACCAGGCAUGGCACGUCGUUAUGACCACCGACCCUUUGGCUGACUCGGACGAGGAGAUUGCGGACGAGAAUGCUCGUCUGGACUAUAUCCUGCGCUUGCGCAUCAUCAGCAGACUACGCGGCAAGGAGCCGACGCCUGAGCCGGAAUCUAUACCACAGAUUGUACCAUUCCCCAUCAUCCAUACCCAUACUCAUGCGAACGCACACUCUGCUUCCAUCUAGGCGUCUCGGUGGUGCUUGCUG